AUGAGUGAUGGGAUGUACGUCAAAGGUUUUGUAGAAGACGUGCCUAUAGUAAUCACUGCUGAUACCGGUGCUUCAAAGACAGUUAUAUCUUUAAAGGUUUUCAAAAGUAUAAACCAAGGGAGACAACCAGCCCUAGAAAAAUCAUCUUGUUUGAUAAGAGCAGGAGGCACACCAAUUCAGGAGUGUGUCAAGGCAAAAUUCACUUUGAAGCUUGGACCUUUAGAGAUAACUAGUGAGGCGAUCAUUGCUGAUAUAGAAGAUGAGGCGCUUCUGGGGUAUGAUGUUUUAAAGGGUUGCGAGCAUGGAGCGGCUGAUAUUUUGCUAAGCAAAAAUAAAAUAGUGCUUGACGGUGUGGAAAUCCCAUGUUUCCAGGUGGGCAAGAAUGAUAAAACUAGGAGGGUAGUUGUUGCUGAUGAUGUGAACAUACCAGGGCAAUCAGAGAUGAUCAUUGAUGUGUAUGUCAAUGCUGAAAUAGGAAAAGCUGAGAAGAUAGAAUGGAUAGUAAAUGUCAUAGCAGAGCAAGAGAAUACCAGCGAGACUGAAAACCAAGCACAGGUGAGAAGGGUCGAAACAAGGUCAAAUAAACAUGAUGGAGAUAUGCAGUUGCCUUUUGAGCCAUCAACUGAAGAAAAGGUCCCAAGACAUCUUCAUGAUCUUUUCUCCAAGACCGUUCAAGGUAGAUCUGAAAAGGAAAAGCAGGUCAUAGCAGGACUCUUUGUAAAGUACAGCAGCACCUUCUCAACUGACGAAUGGGACAUUGGGCUGACGAGCCUGAUAGAGCAUUCUAUAGAUACAGGUGAUGCAAAGCCCAUAAAACAAAGGCCAAGAAGAGUGCCUCUUGCUUUCGAUAACGAAGAGAAACAUGCUAUAGAAGAUCUACUUAAAAAGGGGGUUAUCCAAACAAGAGGACCAUGA